ACCUCCUUCCCUCCUGCCUGGGCAAAAAUUGGAUUAAAGACGAGAGAAGCAAAGCCACACGGGGAUGGAGCGCAGAAGGUUAUAAAGUUACGCUAGUCUUUGGAGAAGGACAAUGCAGGUUAUUCUCCAUAUGGAACUCACUCAGCUGUCUCUGUUAACCGACACUCGGAAUCAGAAACAAGGACAAGAAACAGGUUUCUCUCUUUCUUAGGAAUCCCGGUUAUUAAACGUGCCAAGAAUUCAUCAGUUAUUUCCAGGCAUCUGGUGUUUGGUUGCAUGGAGGGGUGUGUCUCCCCAUGAGAAUAUUUGCAUUUCCCCCUGUUUGCACAACUCCACCUCCAUGUGCAUGUACAUGUGCACAUGCAUAUAUGCAUUUCCCAUUUCCCAGCCUGAAUUGGGCAUUAUUCACACAGAAGCUGAACAACUUCACAGAUCAGCUCCGGUGGCCUCCAAAAUGUGACGUCUUAGAUGUGUCAGUGCCCCACUACCAUGGCAACAUCAUUGGACUGGAGAAGGGACAUGAAGUUUCAAAGAAACAAUCUUGAUAGCAAGGAGGCCUCCCCAGACUGAAGACCCCUGCUCACCUUUCUUCUUCCAGCCAAGGGGCUUUGAAUUGGAGUGGUGGGACCCCCAAUGUCAUCCCAGUAUGCUAUUCUGGGAGAGGUGAGACCCCACCCCAGCACCAUGAACCUUUCUAAUGUCCCACCAGGCCUCAAUGGCUCCCAGGGAGGCCCCGGGCCUAUCCUGUAUGGGGGCCAUUCUUUGUGGCAGGUGGUGUUGAUUGUGCUGAUGACUGGGAUCCUCUCACUGGUCACAGUGGUGGGCAACCUGCUUGUGAUGGUCUCCUUCAAAGUCAACAGCGAAUUGAAGACAGUCAACAACUACUUCCUACUCAGCCUGGCCUGUGCUGACCUCAUCAUUGGGGCAGUGUCUAUGAACCUCUACACCACCUACAUCAUCAUGGGCCACUGGGCCCUCGGCAACGUGGCCUGCGACCUCUGGCUGGCCCUUGACUAUGUAGCCAGCAAUGCUUCAGUCAUGAACCUCCUGAUCAUCAGCUUUGACCGCUACUUCUCUGUCACACGGCCCUUGACCUACCGGGCCAAGAGAACGCCCAAGAGGGCGGCCAUCAUGAUCGGCCUAGCUUGGGCCAUCUCCUUCAUCCUUUGGGCACCCGCCAUCUUGUUCUGGCAGUACUUUGUUGGGGAGCGGACAGUGCCCUCAGGAAACUGCCAUCUCCAGUUCCUCUCUCAGCCUAUCAUUACUUUUGGCACGGCCAUUGCAGCCUUCUACCUGCCGGUCACCAUCAUGAUCAUUCUCUACUGGAGGAUCUACCGGGAGACUGAGAACAGGGCCAGGGAACUGGCUUGCCUGCAAGGCUCAGAGAGCAAGAGCAUUGUCAGGCCACCCCCCAACAACGGGCCUAAAGGAGGUGGCGUAGGCAGCAACAGCAGCUCCGAGCGGUUGCAACCCAUCAAGGUUUCUUCUGCUGUGGCAAAAGCCCACACACAGGCCUGCUGCUUCCCCAGUUGGAAGAAGGCCAGACUAUAUGUGGAGCAGAGCAGCAAUGGGAGCUGGAUCAAUACAGAGGAGGAGGAAGAGGAGGACGGCUCCCCUGAUUCCUUGACAUCGUCUGAGGGAGAGGAGCAGCCCUUUGAGGUUCAGAGUGUCUGCUCGGUGGUGAUCCGGCUGCCUAUGAUUGGCAGUGUAGCGCAGCCACCACUGCCAACACAGAAGCCAACCCGGGACCGGGAGAAGCUGGCUGGAGGGCCAUGGGCAGGAAGGAAUGGCUUGUGCAGGAUCCUAGCCCAGUCUCCUGCUGCCCCCGAGUCCCCCAACAUGGCCAAGAAGCCGUCAAACAAAAAGAUAUCACCAAUGAAGGAGAAGGGGGCGUUGACUGCCAAAAGCCAUCUGCGGAAGAGAAGCAAACAGCUCUCCCAGCGGAAGACCCUCUCCCUGAUCAAGGAGAAGAAAGCAGCCCGAACACUGAGCGCCAUCCUGCUGGCCUUCAUCCUCACCUGGACACCCUAUAACAUCAUGGUGCUGGUGUCCACCUUCUGCCAGGACUGCGUUCCUAACAGCCUCUGGAAGCUGGGCUACUGGCUUUGCUAUGUCAACAGCACUGUCAAUCCCAUGUGCUAUGCCCUGUGCAAUAAGUCUUUUCGCAAUACGUUUAAGAUGCUGCUGCUGUGCCGCUGGGACAAGAGGAGGUGGGGGAAGAUGCCCAAGCACGUGGUGGCCUUCCACAGGGCUCCAGCACACUGAGCAGGCGUGGGGUGAAUUCCAGAAUGAUUAAAUCCUGGGCUGGGAUGAAGAAUGUCAGGCAAACUGCACUGCAGCGGAAGAAUGGGACCUGGCUGUGAUGCCAGAAGGGGAAUUCUUCCGAGACGAUCAUGAACCCAGCCUUUGGGGUCUGGGUGAGGAUACAGCCGGCAGGUGCCGGAACACCAUGCACCAUUUAUUAUUGUAAUCUUGAACUCAUUGUC